AUGGACCGGCACCAGGAAUGCACUUACAAUCGAUUCCUGGAUCAUGUGGAUGACCAGGCAAUAAUCACAUCUCGCGAAGACCCAGAACACCACCAACAAGAGAGUCCGCCGGCCACAGAAUCUGAUCCCGACUUGGAUACUCAACAAACUACCUCCGAGGCAGACCCAUUGCCUUACUUCACCCCUAUUUCCGAGUCGGACACGUCAAUAGGUGUCCUGCAAGAAGCUCCAACAUUUUUCCCUCUUGACCAACCUCUGGGUCCCUUGUCGAUGCAAACCGAAUCAACGGAUUUCCAGUUGUUAACAUGGGUGCCUGAAGGGCUGUGGAACGUCUACGAUAUGAUAACUCAUCCCGCCUGUCUUCCCUCACCGUCACCGAUGAGCCCCCUGAAGCUUUCCUUCUUGGCUAAAUUUACGUCAACUAGAGGCAUGGCAAACUCGUUUGACUGUGGUAACUCCACAGAGCGCAAACAACUCAUGUUAGCCCUCGCUCCAGCGGCACCAAAUGAUUUGUUAACGCCGGAGAUCAACGAUGAUCUGGUGUUGCGUAGUUCGCAGCUUCAAUGUGAUUUCACAUUAGAGCAGGACUUGCACCCUACCGAUUUUGAGCAUACUGCCACCUCAACAAACUGGGUUGAAUGGGUGAAGGAUUAUUCAUCAAGAGAUUCAGUCCAAGAGUCUGCCCUCUCCCAAGGCACUGGUGGAUUGCGCGAAGACUCUAUUCAUCCACUCGAGCUGAAGAUGCAUGAAAUCGUUCUCGGCAUCCAAGAACAUUGGCACGUCAAUUCCAUUGAUAGUGCAAGCUCGCCAGGAUGGACGCCAAUGACGAUGAUGCUGUGCUAUCGCUUCUUCUCGCCUGUCAAUCUUGACAGGUAUCUCGUCUCUUUCUGGUCCUUCUGGCACCCCAACUGGCCCGUCUUUCACAAGCCUACCUUCGUUGCAGCUCAGAAUCCAGCUCAUCUCCUUGUUGCAAUGGCUUUGAUUGGCGCAUGCCUCACAACGAACGAGACCGAUCGUGACCACGCCAUGUUCUGGAUCGCCGCGGUAGAAGAGUGGGUGUUCUCGGACGCUAACUUCAGCGAAGAUCCCAUUCCCGAAACCGACAAGGAGUUCGAUGAGGUGACAGUUAGGCUGCGUUUGAAUGCCAUUCGAGCGGCAUACUGUGUUGUUCUUCUACACUCCUGGGAGGGUGGCGAAGAUCAAAAGCGACGUGCGCGGAGAACUCGCUUUACGCAGGUCAUUGCCGUGGCCAGAAGCCUCCCCCUUUCUAUUGCAAUACAUGGCGAUUUGCGAAGGUAUACAAGCGUUGAUGACAUGCAUCGAAAUUGGAGAAAUUUCAUUUUAAAAGAAGAGCUCAUUCGGACGGUGACUUAUGUUUUCUUGCUCGACAUGGGAUAUGUCAUCUUCAAUAACACACCUCCGCGAAUGGUGAUAUUCGAACUUGACAUCGGAUUAGCAUGCCCAGAGCCAUGUUUCCAAGCUACCGAUGCAGAAACAUGGAUCCUUAGUGUCAAGGCUUGGUCGGAAACCUAUGUUGGCCAGAGGCAACCCUCAAUGUCGAACAUGAUGGAAGCCGUGAUGAAAGAAAUACCAACUCAAGAGGAGUGGAAGAUGUUGAAACAAAUGAGCUCACUCAACUUCUUUACUCUUGCUUCUGCUUUCCACAGCCUAAUAUUCCACCACCACGGUGGACCUACAUGUUGGAACCAGGCGUCUCUAAUCCGACAUGCUCUCAAAAAUUGGAGGCAAGCUUGGCUGAGUCGCGAGCUAUUGGGAAGCCUUCAAGAGCUGGAACAUGCCGUACUAUUCGAUGCGUGGAGGAAGAUUGGCUUCAUGCGAUAUGCGAUGGAGUUUUGGUGUCUUGGGUGUAUCGUGUACAAGCGAGCGGAAUACAUGAGAAGUCUGAGACGCGACUCCAACCAAGGACAGCGGGGAACUUUUAAGAAGGGGUUUCUGGAAGUAUACGACAACUCGGACAUGGAGCAGGUCCAUGAAUUGAUCCUUCGUUUUCACGAAAUGAACUUUGGGGUGGACAUUUUGUAA